AUGGCAUUCUUAGGUUUAAGUUACGAAGAAUUUUGUACAAUUGGUACAGGUUUAAUUUUAGUAUCAAGCUCAUUUCUAAUGGGCGUGAUUUUUGGUAACCAACCAUAUGAUUAUAACGUUUUAUUCAAAACUAACUCCACUACAGAAGAUUUUGCAGCUUCUUUAAACCAUUACCAACAAAUUUAUAACACUAAUCCAAAGGUAUUUUAUGUAUUGAUGGGUGUCGCCACCCUUGGUUUCAUUGGUUCCAUGAUCAGGAUUUACAAACCAAACCCAGAAUUACAACUAUUUGAAUACACUUCAUUAGGUUUAUUUGUUUUUGCAAUUUGCAUCUUUAUUACAAACAUUAAAACUGGUGUGGAAUGUACUAUUUCACAUCAAUGGGGUGAAGUAACAGAAAAUCAAGGUCUAGCUGUAUUAGCAUCUUCAAACAUUAUAUUUUUAUUCUUCUUAGGGGGUACCGUUGUAUUACAAGCUGGUUUAUGGUAUACUAACUGGGAAUAUCAAAAGAGAUUAAAAGCUUUCUUUGCUGAAGAAGCUGCUGAAAGAGCUGCUGCUGUAGAGAAAGAAGCUACUGCAGGUCAAGGUAAAGGUAAGAAAGCACAAAAGGAAAAUAAGAAGCAGAAAUAG